CCGCCCAGACCGCCUCGAGCCCCCGCCGCGCCGCCGCGAUGAGCAGCUCGCCGGUGAACGUGAAGAAGCUGAAGGUGUCGGAGCUGAAGGAGGAGCUGAAGAAGCGGCGCCUCUCGGACAAGGGCCUGAAGGCCGACCUCAUGGAGCGCCUGCAGGCCGCGCUCGACCAGGAGGAGGCCGGCGGGGUCGGCCUGGGCAGCGGCGAGCCGGGCAACGGCAGCCUGGAGGAGCUGGGGGAGGCCGCGGCGGGCGGCGCCCAGGAGCUGGCGGCGGGCGGCGGCGGCUCGGGCCAGGCCGCGGCCUGCGACGACGACGAGGAGGCCGAGUUCGGCGGCCAGGAGGAGGAGGAGGAGGAGGAGGGCAUGGAGCUGGGCGAGGAGAACGGCGAAGGGGUGGCGGCCGGCGAGGAGGAGGCGGCCGAGGAGCUGGAGGACGACGAGAACGGCGACGACCAGGGCUUCCAGGAAGGCGAGGACGACGAGGAGGAGGCCGGCGCCUCCGACGGGAACGCCAACGGCCACGGCUCCCAGCAGCAGCAGCCGCCGCCAACGCACGGGGCCGCGGCCAAGGAGGCGGCCGGGAAAGGCGCCGGGGGGGCCGCGGCGGAGGCCUCGGGCUCCAACCCGGCGCCUUCGGCCCAGCCGGCCGCCAAGCAGGCCUCGCCCGCGCAGCAGCAGCAGCAGCAAAAAGCCGCAGGGCCUGCUCGCCAGGGAGGCGAGGGUAAAGCCGAGCAGAAACCUGGUGAAAAGAAAAGGGGUGUGAAGAGGCCACGGGAAGACCAUGGACGAGGGUAUUUCGAGUAUAUUGAAGAAAACAAGUACAGCAGGGCCAAGUCCCCUCAGCCACCUGUUGAAGAGGAGGAUGAGCACUUUGAUGACACAGUGGUUUGUCUUGAUACUUAUAAUUGUGAUCUACACUUUAAAAUUUCACGAGAUCGUUUUAGUGCUUCCUCACUGACUAUGGAAAGCUUUGCUUUUCUUUGGGCUGGAGGGAGAGCCUCAUAUGGAGUAUCCAAAGGAAAAGUUUGCUUUGAGAUGAAGGUAACUGAGAAGAUCCCUGUUAAGCAUCUGUAUACAAAAGACAUUGACAUACAUGAGGUGAGAGUUGGCUGGUCACUGAAUACAAGUGGGAUGCUACUUGGUGAGGAGGAAUUUUCCUAUGGAUAUUCUUUAAAAGGAAUAAAGACAUGCAAUUGUGAGACUGAAGACUUUGGUGAAAAAUUUGAUGAAAAUGAUGUGAUUGGAUGUUUUGCUAAUUUUGAUGGUGAUGAAGUGGAACUCUCUUACUCAAAGAAUGGGCAGGAGCUUGGAGUUGCUUUCAAAAUCAGUAAAGAAGUUCUUUCUGGAAGGUCCGUUUUCCCACAUGUUCUCUGCCAUAACUGUGCAGUUGAGUUCAACUUUGGGCAAAAGGAUGAACCGUACUUCCCCAUACCAGAGGGAUACACCUUCAUCCAAGAUGUUCCCCUGGAGGAUCGAGUUAGGGGGCCCAAGGGACCAGAGCACAAGAAAGAAUGUGAAGUGAUAAUGAUGAUUGGCUUGCCUGGUGCUGGGAAGACUACUUGGGUUACCAAACAUGCAGCUGACAACCCUGGGAAGUACAACAUUCUUGGGACAAAUACUAUCAUGGACAAAAUGAUGGUUGCUGGUUUUAAGCGGCAGAUGGCCGAUACUGGAAAGCUUAAUACACUGUUGCAGAGAGCGCCACAGUGUCUUGGCAAGUUCAUUGAGAUUGCUGCUCGUAAGAAACGGAAUUUCAUUCUGGAUCAGACAAAUGUGUCUGCAGCUGCGCAGAGGAGAAAAAUGUGCCUGUUUGCAGGCUUCCAGCGCAAAGCAGUUGUUGUUUGCCCAAAAGAUGAAGACUACAAGCAAAGAACACAAAAGAAGGCAGAGGUGGAGGGAAAAGAUCUUCCAGAGCAUGCAGUGCUCAAAAUGAAAGGAAAUUUUACCCUGCCAGAGGUGUCGCAAUGUUUUGAUGAAAUAAUCUACGUAGAGUUGCAAAAAGAAGAAGCCCAGAAGCUCCUGGAGCAGUACAAAGAAGAAAGCAAGAAGGCCCUUCCUCCAGAAAAGAAACCAAACACUGGUUCAAAGAAAAGUAACAAAAAGAGUGGUAAAAAUCAGUUUAACAGAGGUGGACAGAGAGGACGUGGUGGAUUUAACAUGCGUGGCAACUUCAGAGGAGGAGUCCCUGGAAAUCGUGGUGGAUACAACAGGAGAGGUGGGAAUAUGCCCCAACGUGGUGGUGGUGGAGGCGGCGGCGGCAGUGGUGGAGCAAUAGGCUAUCUGUACCCUCGUGGACCUGUCUUUCCAACCAGAGGUGGUGGUGGUGGAGGAGGUGGCUACUCCAACAGAGGAAAUUACAACAGAGGUGGAAUGCCCAACAGAGGGAACUAUAACCAGAACUUCAGAGGAAGGGGAAAUAAUCGUGGCUACAAAAAUCAGUCUCAGGGCUACAACCAGUGGCAGCAGGGUCAAUUCUGGGGUCAGAAGCCAUGGAGCCAGCAUUAUCACCAAGGAUACUAUUGAAUUCCCAAAUAAAAUGAACUGAUCCAUAUUUCUCAAAAACCUUCACAAGAAGUCGACUGUUUUCUUUAGUAGGCUAACUUUUUAAACAUUCCACAAGAGGAAGUGCCUGCAGGUUCCUUUUUUAGAAGCUUUGUGGGUUUGAUUUUUUUUUGUACAUUUUUAAUUGCAGUUUUAAAGUGAUUCUUAAGAGAACCUCAGCAUUGUGCACGAUAAGAGAAUGUGUCAGUAUUUCAGGGUUCUACAUUUUAUCUGUAAAAUGUGAUUUUUUUUUUACCACAACAAAAGUAAAAUGUUGCUUUGUAUCUGGUGUCCUCUUAUUAAAGGUUUUUUUCUCCUUUUUCUCCCCCUCCCCAAUUUCUAAGAAACAGUCGUGAGUCAUCAGAACAGAAAAGUGAGCAACCAGGCUUGUUGUGGCCCUAUGACUAUUGAUAUGUAAAUAAUGCUCAUUACACUCCAUCUUCCACUCCAUCCUCCCUAUGCAGUUUUUAGGUAUGGAAGAGGGAAGAGAAAUCAGAAAUCUUCUGGCAAUAAACUAGAGCGUUUAGGUUUUUAAAUAAUUUGGCAAAGGUUUGGGUAGAGGAAAGCAAACCUAAGGCUAAAUAGUGAAGGUGGAGUGUAUAAAACCUGGUUGCAUUUGUCUGUGAAGACUCAACUUGUGAAGGUACACCAUCGAUUUUUUUCCCAUUUGUUCUGCAUUUUGAUUCUGAAAGCUGGCUUUGCCCAUUUCUUAUUAAACAAACUUGUUGUAAAUCCAGUUGUCUAAUGGGAUCUAUAUGAAGUUAGCUGUGUGUCUGUAACCUUUUCCCCACAAAAUACUGUGUAUUUAGUGUGCUUGUAGUAGUAAACUCCACCGUUUUGUAAACAAAUGAAAUUGUGAUUCACCCAUUUUAUAUCUAAUUUUUAAUCAUGUUAGUUCUCAAAUGGGUGUGUCUCCUUAGCCUGCUGAUUACUACUUCUUUAAAUAGUGGGUGGAGAAAUUAACUUUAGACGUUUGUUUGCAAUAAAAUAAAAUCAUUUUACUCUUG